AUGAAACAAAUAAAUAAAUUGCCAUAAGAGAAGUUAAACAAGAGAUAUUUAGAGAAAAAAAUAUAAAAGUUGAAACACACAAUUUAAAAAUUGAAUGAUUUCCAAAAUGAAUCUAGUAAUAUUGUUAAAACAAUAUUCUAGAUCAAUUUUCAAAUUAUAAUAAGCAGAAACUCAGAAGAUUAAGAAUUCCAAUUUAAAAAGAUACUUAUAAUAUAUUCGAUCUGUUUCAUUGUUGGUAACUUGUUUAAAGAAUUUGCACUUAAUAAUUAGAAACUAAUAAAAAAAAUCAAAAAUGUUAUAAAAAAAUAUUAUAAGAAACUUCAUUCUAUCUAAUUGAUUAUAUGCAGAAUCCAAAUCAUAUAUGAUAUAUUUUAUAAUCAGUUUAUUUACUAUCAAAAUGUUGGUAUAGAAGUAAAAUUCAAGUAAGUUGGUUAAAUAUUACUUGCGAUAAAUGAAGAAUUAAUAUAAGAAAUAAAAGUUAAAUUCAACAAUAUGUUUUUGAGUGAAUAUAAAUACAAAAAAAUAAUUAAUUUAAUAAGAAUCUUAAAUAGAGUCCUUUAAUCAAUAUACAAAUUAUAGCAGCAUUGCAAUUGA